AAGUCUGUCUGCUGUUUUAUGUGUGAGCACCCAGCACUGUUCAUUAUAACCAUAGGGUUAUAACCGGUUACUAUAAACUGGGUAGUUUGUGUCAUGGAUGCUGAUUGGCUAAAACACCAGUACAGCAGUGUGUACAUCAGACAAUAUACCAAGGUAUUAUGCAAAAAUCCUUGUUUACUGUUCUAUUUAUGUUUGUAACCAGUUUAUAAUAGCAAUAAGACACCUCUGGGGUUUGUGGUAUAUGGCCAAUAUACCACGGCUAAGGGCUGUAUCCAGGCACUCGCUUCCUGUCAUGCUAAGAGCAGCCCUUAUGCUGCAUUCAUAACCAAGUGGGAAGGUGGUAAUUACCUAAAUAUCAGUUGGAUAUAUUCACGUACAUUGAACUCAUUGAGAAAUACCGAUUGGCUAAUGUACAACAAGCUGCGUCAACCAUAAACUAGAAGUACAGAUAACAUGCUUGUAAACAAAUUACUGUUCAAAAACCAUAUAUUUCCCACUAGUAAUUACCAGUUCAAAUGGAUUUUGGAUUUUUCCCAGUCGUAUGUGGUAAAUACCACCUUCCCACUUGGUUAUGGACGAAAGGUUGCUGAUUUGAAUCCCGGAGCAGACGAGGUCAAAACCUGUCGCUGUGCCCUUGAGAAAGGCACUUGACCCCAAUUGCUCCUGGGGCGCUGGACAAUGGUGACCCUGGCCUUGAUCCCACUCCUUGCAGGUAUCUCUGGGAGUUGGAAUAUGCAAAAAACACAUCUCCAUUACACACUUCUACAAGUGUGUAACAGGACAAAUGUAAGCACCCCCCCUCGCCCCAAAUUAGCUGUGGUAUAUUUAAGUGAUAAGGCACGAGGGGGUGUGGUAUAUGGCCAAUACACCACGGCUAAGGGCUGUUCUUAUGCACGACGCAUUGUGGAAUUAUAAACUGUCAAUCAGCAUUCAGGGCUGGAACCAUACAGUUUAUAAUGGCCAAUGUAACCCCUCGACUUAAUACUUAAUUAUAGAACUGACUCAAGUCAGUGUCCAACCCUCUCUCCAUCUUUCUCUGACUCCUCUCGCCCACGUCUGCAUUGCGUAACCCAGACAACAGUUUCUGAUAACAAAAAAAGAACUACACUUCCCAGACUUUUUAUCCGUAGAACCGAGGACAGCUACGGGUCCCUGGAUGGGACUGACAGACAGGCACAUCUGGCGAGAAACGAGAGAGGCGAGAUUGCACUGUGUGUGAGAGAGAGACAGAGAGAGAAAGGGGGAUAUCGCGGAGAGAUAAAAACGGAAGAAAUAUUUUGUUAUUUUCUUCCAUUUCUCCUAGGAACGUCUGUUCCACGCCUUGUCUGCCACGGGAUCGUUACCGCGGGGUUUGAGGAGUGUUCGCGUUCUUGCGUGCAGAAGGGGAUAUACGCCCCCCCCCCCCCCCGUCAAUUUCCCCUUCUCUUCUUUAUAUUUUACCUUCCUCCGUUUCCAGUGUUCUGCUGUCGAUGUAGACCAGCUUUUUUUUGAGAAACGGUUUUCUGUGGUGGAGCCCUGCACGCAUACAGACAGAUGCGCGCGAAGCACGGAGAGGAGACAGACAACGACGUUAACGGUAGGAAUGAACGGAAAAUGCUGUGCGCCAGCAGUGGCAGCUGUGAUAUUACCGAGAACUCAGUGAUCCGCACGACGAGAGAAGAGAAGCCCCGCUGCAGCAACGAGCCUCUCCCGGUCCCCAACCCUUCAGGAUAUAGGUCUGUGACUUCAGAGGAACACACAUAAACACAGACAAACAGAGAGAGGGACAGAGCUCCCUAACCUCUCCGAAGAGGAUCACUGGGGCCCAACACUGACACUCUCACUUUGACAUUAUCAUCGCUGUCGCCCUGGGUGGAUGAGCCGCCUGUCUGGACGCCUGCGGUCGGGGGGAGGGGGGAGGGGGGGGUGUGACGGCAGGGCCGUAGUGGAGGAGCAGGGGUGCGAGGGGUCGCGGGUGGCGUUUGAGGGGGAAAGGGCUGUAGGGGUACAGGAGGAGGUCACAGUGGAACCCAGCGCUGAGGCUGGAGCUCAGGAGACCCUUGAACUUUUACCCUCCCCCUCACCCCCCUCCCUGUCUAACGGUCUUCACCUGCACAGGAGGCCUGUCCUUGGUACACGCAGACGGAGGCAGACAGAGACACACACACUCAACAACGCUCCAACACACACACCUGGACAGACCUUCAUAGGCAUGCAGACACACAAGGACAUCCAAAUGCAGACACCCGCAGAGACGUGCAUGGACACUCACACACACACAAGUGCUCACAGACAAAUGGAUGCUCACACACACUUGGACUCUGCUGGUCCAGAGCAGCCCAGAACUGAUUCAUCACCAGAGACACACACCAGAUCACCUCAGCGACAGGUCCUCCUGCCUCUCAAUCAUUCAGCCUGCACCAAUCAGCAAGCUGCUUUCUCUCCUUGCAGCCCCGCUCCUUCACACUCUGCAAACAGAGACAUGCCCCCAGCCAUUAGCCCUGCCCCUAAUAUUAGUUCAACACCUCUAGAUCUCUCUAAACCCUCAAGAGUUACUGGUCCAAAUCCUCCAGGCCUUUCUCCUAUCGGUCCAGCCUGUCCAGACCUUUCUACUAUUGGUCCAGCCCCUGUAGACCCCUCCCCUGUACCUGUCGAAGGUGAGAGAAAGUAUGCACUUCGUAGCUCCGGUCGACCUCGCUUCCCCUGCCAGCUACGCAAGUCUUCCCGCAUCCGCCGAUGCACUGAGGAUGGAGAGAGGAGGGGAGGGAGGGAGAGCGAGAGGGAGGAGGAAGAGGAAGAGGAGAAAGAGAGGGUGAGUGUACAUGUGAAGGUAGAGCGCCACACAGUGGAGGAGUGUCUAUCUGCAGCCUUCAAGCCUGCAGCCUCCAAGCCUGCAGCCUCACCUGCACCAGUACCUGUAGCACCACUCCCCUCAACACACCCCUCAUCACGCCCCUCCUCUCACUCAGCCCCCCGGCCAUCGCCCAAACCCCAACAUAGAACUUCAACCAAACCCCAACCCAAAUCUUCAACCAAUGCCAAACCAAAAUCCCAACCCAGACCAUCGAUGAAAGCCUCGCCCAAACCUUUGCCCAGAUCAGCAACCAAUCCCAGACCAGCAACCAAUCCCUCGCCUCGUCCAUUGACCAAUACAGUGCCCCGGCCGGCAGUGAAGAAGGAGGAGCCUGGUGAACUAGAUCCCCUCACCAAACGGAAACGCCGGUUUGUUGGUGUGAGGCGUAUCGUGGUGAAGGUAGCUCGUAUCCCAGUCAACCUCAGUCGACGCCAGAAGAGCUACAAGAUUUCCUCCAUGGAGACAGUUGAGAAGGGCGGGGCAGGUUGUGAUGGCAGGUUGGACGGAGCCGAGGGGGGGACAGCGGUAGUCCGAGAGCCGACUGCGCUCCUCCGUAUGAAGAACAACGGGAAGAGUGUGAUGGUCAUGUUCCCGCCUGGAGAACUUCCUGUGAUCCUGAAACGUCGCCGUGGCCGACCUCCCAAACAGGUUGUACCUGGAACGCCGGAUAAAACCACCGGUGGGAAUGGCGAGCCCAAGAAACCUCGUCGGCGCCGGCGGGCCAAGCUCCCGUCUCCGCAACCGUCGUACGUGAACGACACCAACGACGUGAAGACGGAGUACGGAGACGUUCUGUCCAAACUGGCAUUCCUCAACCGCCAACCGCCGGCCACUGGCCGCUGCUCCCCACCACGCUGCUGGACACCCAGCGAACCGGACAGCUUUCACACACCGUCCGACAACCCUGGGAUCUCCGCCCUGCUCCACCGACUCACAGGGUUCAGACGCAGGGGAGGCAGGGGGGGAGGUGUUGGAGGCAGGGGAGGAGGAGCAGGGGGAGGAGCAGGAGGAGCCGGUGGAGAGGGCUUCAAGAGCUCCUUCAGUGACUUUUUUGAGACGAUCGGGAAGAAAAGGAAAGUGACCCCCGCUCUGUCAGAACCAGGGUUACUCAAGAAACGUGGGAAGGGUGGGGGAGGCAGGGGAGGAGGGGCUGCAGGUGGGGAGAUCGGGGUUGGGGGUGAGGGGGAAGCCGGUUAA